AUGGAAACAAUUAUAAUAGAUGACAAUAAUAAUAAUAAUAGUAUACCAAUAAGUAGACCAUCACUAAAUGGAUUAGCAGGUCCACCUGCUCCAUUAGAUUUCAGUGAAUAUUCUGAACUUUUCGAUGAUUGGUUACCUGAACCGAUACCAGGACAAAAACGAAAGCUCGGACAUCGACGAGAUGAUCCACCAACACCACCAUCUCCAAGACAGCCACCACCAAUAAUCCCAAGAAAAACUUUACCACCUAGAGAUGUAAAUAUUCCAUUAACUGGAGGAUCCGUUCAUGGAUCACCAUUUUCCAACGAUAGAAAACAUCAAGAAAACGAGCAACGUUCAUUUAAUGUAUUAUUACCAUUAGAAAAACAAGAGUCAAAUAACGAAGAACGGCAAACAACUAUUGCCAACAUAGCAAGAGAAUCUUCAAUGAUUAUAUCACCUAUAAAAAGUUCAACGCCAGAAAUAAAAGAAAGGUCUCCUUCAUUUAUACCAAAAAAUGGUAUAAGGGCAACAACAACAACAACAACAAUACAUACAUCAUUUGAAUGUAAAAUCAUUCCUAUCGAGUGUCGUUAUUUUUUCAAAAAAUUAAAACAAAAAUAUACAUUUGAAAAUAUUGAAGCUCAUCAAAAAUUUCUUGAGAAACAAUAUAGAUCAUUAGAGGAUGAAAGAGAGAAUCUUAAAUUACAACUCGAUAAAUUAGAAAAAAGAUUUGUCGAAAACAUGCCACCACCAUCAUUGAAUAUAUUUGAUAAAUUACAAUUAUACGCAAAACAACUAAAACCAGAUGAUAAGAAUUUGAGUUCUCUUAGAGAACAAUGGAAGAAUGUACUUCGAAAAACGAAACUAGAAUUAACCACAUUGAUGAGACAAGCUAAAAUUAUUGAAUUAGAGCAGAUUAAUAAGGAAUAA